AGUCCUAAACAUGGAGCCUAGACGUUAGCAUGUCGCAGCGGCGUAUACUCUGCAAUCGACAGAGCGUCAAGCAUUGACGGUUUUUGAGGCGCCUCAAAAAUCGUCUCAAGUAUUGACGGGAUACGUCGUCGUCAGUAGCGUCGCAGCGGUAGGAAAUGCGCGAUGGCUUUUAGUCACGAAUUCGACACACGCGAAGGUUUGCUACGGGUUUCAAAAACCUACUCAGAAUUCGUAUAGUAGAUUCCGAAUCACCAGCGAUCGGGAGGAGCCCCCGAUUGCGGAGCAUCGCAGUAACUAGCAAGCGAUAGUGCAACCGCCACGCCUGGAGCAAGCGAUAGUGCAACCGCCACGCCUGGAGCAAGCGAUAGUGCAACCGCCACGCCUGGAGCAAGCGAUAGUGCAACCGCCACGCCUGGAGGUCCUCGUAACUCUCGUGGAAAAGAAUCUUCGCGAUGCCGACGCCAUUCGCGCGAGAGCUGGCGUGCGGAAUCGUGAAGGACCACUUCGGCGACCAAGUAGAGACGGUGUGUCGCACGCUACUCGAGAAGGGCCAGCUGGGCCUGUCGCUUCAAGACCUAGCCCGCCACACCUCCCUCCCUCCCCCAUCGCUGCGCUCCGCCCUCUUGGUGUUGGUGCAGCACAACUGCGCCCAGGCGUUCCGCCAGCAAACCGACGACACCGGCCCUCUUGUCCGCACGCCCACGCUCUACAUCGCCCUGCAGGACUCCAUUCUGCCUCGCCUGCGCUUCCCCAAGUUCAUGGAUCAGGCCAACGAGCUGCUGGGGGAAGAGGCAGAAGCAGUGGUAGAGGCUUUACUGGAGCACGGCCGUCUGUCCCUUCACCAGCUGGUGCAGCGAGCAAUGGCGAAAGCUGGCUCUGCUGACCCGUCUGCUGCCAAGAUGGGGGCUCAGGUUCGGCAGCAGCUGUUGGAGGCCUUGUCAGUGCUGGUCCAUGAAAGGCUCGUUGAGAGGGUCGGGAGUCCCGAACCUAUGCUGCAGCCUCGGGGAGCAGGCACCGAUGCUCCCAAGACCGCUUCUCGUGCUCGAGUGCGCACAAGAGCCAUGAUGGAGGCGUCUGGCUACUUUGACUCGGAGGAGCACCGCGUGGUCGUUGCAGCGCGCUGCAGCGACGCUCUCCGCUUCCAGUUACCAGCCGCCUGGGUGUUAUCUGGCGGUGGGGAUAAUGCUGCUGGCGGCGCUGGUGGUGGUGGUGCUGGCGGGAUGGCUGUUGAUGGGAGCGCAGGAGCGGAUGGGGGUAUGACAGCAGCUGCUGCAGCUGCAGCGGCAAAGUUCAAGCACAGGGGAGGAGCUGGAGGAGGGCAGGAGGAGCAGGAGGAGCAGGAGGCAGGGGAGCAGGAGGAGGGAGGGAGAGCUGGAGGAGCAGGAGGAGCAGGAGGAGUUGGAGGAGCAGGAGAGCAGGAGGAGCUGGGGAGCUGGAGGCAGGGAGGGAGCAGGAGGAGCAGAGGAGCAGGAGGAGCAGGAGGAGCAGGAGGAGCAGGAGGAGCAGGAGGAGCAGGAGGGCAGGAGGAGCGGGGAGCAGGAGGAGCAGGAGGGGGGAGGAGCAGGAGGAGCAGGAGGAGGGGGAGGGAGGGGGAGGAGGGGAGCAGGAGGAGCAGGAGGAGCAGAGGAGCAGGAGGAGCAGGAGGAGCAGGAGGAGCAGGAGGAGCAGGAGGAGCAGGAGGAGCAGAGGAGCAGGAGGAGCAGGAGGAGCAGGAGGAGCAGGAGGAGCAGGAGGAGAGCAGGAGGAGCAGGAGGAGCAGUAGAGCAGGGGCAGGAGUAGGAGGAGCAGGAGGAGCAGGAGGAGCAGGAGGAGCAGGAGGAGCAGGAGAAGGAGCACAGGGGGAGGGGAGGACCCCCACGACUUGCAUCCCCAGAAGGAAACGAGUUGUCCUGGAUGACGAAGAGGAGGAGGGCGGAGGGGCACCCAGUGCAAAGCGCGCAGCAACGGGAGCUGCAGGGGGGGCGGGUGGAGCGGAGAAGCAGGCCGGGGGGAACACUGAAGACUCUGGCGUGCUGUGGCGGGUGAAUUACGAGGAGUUCCUGAGGCGAACGAGACACCAGACCAUAGUGGACUUUGUGCGCGAAAGCAUCGACCCAGGUGCCUCCAUCAUCACCGCUGCCAUGCUCCAUGCCGGAAAGAACCAAGAAACUUCCUCCGACACCCAUACUCAGCAUCCCUCUCACUCGACUCCAUAGUCAACGCAGUGCGCGGCACUAUAGACGGUCGUACCAUGGCUCUCGAUCGAAUCAGAGCUGCCCUUCAGCUGCUCGUGGCGCAUCCCGCUGCCGUUGCUGCCCGGGCCUCUGAUGCUCACUACACCAUCCAAUCUGCCAGGAUCAUUGAGCUAGUGAAGCUCAGAGAGGUUGAAGCCAUUGUUUCUCAGCGCUUUGGCCCGUCUGCCUGCCGGCUGUUCCGCCUGCUGCUGUCGAAGCACUGCCUGGAGCAGAAGCAGGCGGCGGAGCUCUCCAUGAUAUCCCUUGCGGACGCGCGGCAGCUGCUCUACCGGAUGAUGCUGGAUGACUUCGUCCAGCUGCAGGAAGUCCCCAAGACAGCGGACCACGCCCCCAACGGACCUUCUACCUCUGGCGCAUCCACAUAGGCACAGUCCUUCCCAGAGUGGCUCAACCACAUGUGCCAUGCUGCAUGCAACCUGAGGCUGAGACUGGCACAUGAAAUGCAGCAGGAGCAGGAGGUGCUGUCUCUCCUAGAGCAAAUAGAGCAGGCGCAUGCAGCAGGCGGCACAGGCGGUGGUGGUGCAGCGGGUGAAGGCAGAGCAGCGCCGGAGAAGGCGGUCAGCUUGACCUCGGGGCAGAGGAAGCAGCUGGAGAGGAUAAGGCGCGUGGCGGCAGUGCUGGAGACCUCGUUGCUGCGGCUUGACGAUACAAUUACUCUCUUCUCGGCGUUUUAGACAUGGUUGAGAGAGCAGAGGUGGUAGGCAGAGGGAGCAGAGCGAACAGGGAAGCUUAGGAGCAGAGGAGCAGGGCCGCAGUGGGAGCAGAGGAAGGAAAGGCUUCUGCCACAGCCCAGGAAUGUGAGUCAAUUUAGUUGUGCUCUCAGCCUCCUGUGACAGAUUUUGCGCGAAGCAAGCUUUGCAGUUCUCGAGGAAUCGCUGCGUUAAAACGUUUGGUAUGAUAGAAUAAAUACCUCAAGGGAUGUUGAGGGGGAGAUGCAGCAUGAAGGCUGCGGUUUUCAUUGGUGGGUUCUAUCAGAAAUUGAAGAAGUGAAUAAUAUUAGAGAGAGGUGUCAAACAUGUGUAUUUGUCAUGUUUGUAUAGACUGUAUAGAGUCACCUCUUAGAGGAUACAAAACUUAGAUAUAUUUGUGUGUACUCUCACUUUACCAUUAUUCA